AUGAAGCAGCAGGACCCUGACUCGAGGGAGCAAGCGUGCAUGCUGUGUCACCGGGCAGAGGCUGACCCGGCCAUCUGUGGGUGCAAAAAGGCGAAGAAAGGGCUCUGUGCCCACACGUAUUGCCUGUUUCUUGCCAGCGGGCUUUUUCCACAAGAGAGCAGGAAUGGGUUUCUCGUUGAGGACACCAGACGCGCAAUCCAGGAGGCAGCCCAGAAGCGCUGCUUCGUUUGCGGCGAGACAGGUGCCACCAUCACCUGCCGGGAUAAGGGGUGCAACCGCAGCUUCCAUCUCCCCUGCGCCUCAGAGGGUGAAUGUGUCACCCAGUUCUUCGGGCUGUACAGGUCCUUCUGCUGGCAGCACCGCCCAGAGCAGGCAGUGCAGGCCAGUCCAGGGCAGAACAGCACCUGCAUCAUCUGCCUGGGCCUCGUGGAGGACAAAAAGUCCUACCACACCAUGGUGUGCCCAGCAUGCCAACGCGCCUGGUUCCACCGGAGCUGCAUCCAGAAACAGGCUAUCCACGCUGGCGCCUGCUUCCGCUGCUUGCGUUGCCAAAACAAAGAUCAGUUCGUGAUGGAAAUGCUCGCCAUGGGGAUUCGAAUCUCCAAGAGACAACCAUCAUGGGACAGUGACCGAGCAUUCGGACUGAUAUAUCAGAGGCACAUCUGCUGCAAUGCCAGCAAGUGCCUUUGUCUGGGAGGCAGGGAGCAGGCAGAGGAAGAGGGGUCCUGGCAACUGCUCCUGUGCAGCUCCUGCGCUGUCAAAGGCAUCCACCUACGCUGCUCCUACUUGAGGAACAGUGCAACCACCUGGGAGUGCGACUGCUGUGCUGGCCUGGGCACUGCCUCCAGUGACAAUUCAGAGCUUGCCGGCCCCAGCACCGCCAGCCAGACAGCACCACUGGGGCCAUCCUGCAGCUCCCCAGUGCCUGAAAGCAGCAGCCGCUCCAGCCACCCUGGGCCAGACCGGAUCCGACACCGCUCACGGUUACAACGGCGGGCGCAAAAGCCAUACAGCCGGCCUGCGAAACACUGCAGGAACAGCUGUGUGCCAGCCCCAACUGUGGUGGAACUGGUGCCAGUACCAGUUCUGUGCAGCCAUGAUGGGGAGCUGUCAGGAAAAUUUGGCAACUGGCCCGUGCCGAUCGAGUGUCCCUUUGUGGGGGUCCCCGGGAGCUGCGAUCAGAACCUUCAUCCGGAGGAGAGCCGUUCGCCUCGUGACCUCACAAAGAAAAUCCAAGAGCAGAAGGAGGAACUGGGCCUGAUGGCAGACCUGAGGUCCAGAACUCGCUACUACAGGCCAGAGAUCAGUCUUGGUCUUGCUGUCGGGGAAGCGAAGCUCUGCGGCGUUCACGUGCCCCUUCCUGGGGAGCGCCGGUGGGGCCGUGCCGGGGGUCCGUCCUGGACGUGGGGAAGGAUAGCGAGGCAGCAGGCGGGCGUCCUUCCCUGCGGGGUCUGCCAGUGCAAGGGGUACGCCGGCGGUUAG